UCUAAACAACAACAAAGACAUACGAAUGAUUUAGAGAGUAGUUUUUAGCUUAGUUUCUAAGCGACAAGUACAACGCUGAUAAGCUUAUCUAUCAAACGCUAAAGUCUAUGUAAACGAUGAAAAGCGUAAGUUUUGAGUAAAACUGAAUGAGUUGUGCUUUUGUGGGUGUCUGCUGCUUAUAAAAAAUGUAAAUUAAAUGUAUCGGCUCACUCAUAUGCAUAUCUACAUGUGUAUUUAUGCAUAACACUUGAUCAAUGAUCGAAUUAUUUUCAUUGCAAUAACAAAAUGUCAAAUAUUACAGGCAUUGUAACAUUACGUGAAAAUCAUACAAAUUGUUUCGAUGGGCAUUAGCAGCGCAUAGGAGUGUCCAGUAUAAAUAGUUGUCGCCUCAUAUAAGCAUAUAUGUACAUAUAUAUGUAUGUACUAUAUAUGUAAGAUUUGUAUGCUCAAAUGUCGGUACGAUCGAUAACAAGUUAACUUUGUUGUGCACAAGCCAAAUGGACAAAAGGUGCUUAACAAUCACAGGGGCAAUACAUUAACCCCACAACAACAAAAGUAACAACUGACAAAUAAAAACAACAAGAACAUUAGCUCUAGAAAAGCAUUUAUUGCAACUAGCGCUGCCAAACGCUUUUAUUUGCUGCUCGCUAUCAUUUCGAAGUCAGUCUUUUUAACGGUUUCCAACGUUACGGUUUAAAUUUUUUGAAAGCUUUGCGCUCUGAAACAUUUAGUUGUGUCCACGAUUACGCGAUCAUUGAUUCUAAGUAUUUUAAAGCUGUAACAUCAUCAAUUCUGGGUCGCUGCCGGCCUGUUCGUUGUUUAUAUCAACACAAAUAAAGCGCCAAUUCAUCACCCGGCAUACAGAAAACAAAAAGUGAAAUUUCGAAAUUUAAACGGUGUGGCGCUUGAAAGUUAAUUCGAAGAAACUUCUUCCUCCUUAUUGUAUGUCAUCAGUACCAUCUACUCAAGUUUGACCCGGACUCACAAAAAAAUUACAUUUUAACGUAUUGUAAUACAAAUUGUUAUAAUCACUUUCAAAUAAAAGCCUCGUCUUGGAUGGCCUUCAGCGAAUUUUGGUUUUUUUGGGUACAACUUAUUUUUGGAGCGUCAUUCGCUAAAUUGUUAGACAGUUUCGAUGUCAUAUUCAUAAAGCCACGUCUCGUCACCAGUAGUGAUGUGUUUGUCAUCUCUUUUACGACCUCUAUUCGUUGUCGUUUUUUGUUAAAGAUUCAGUUCUUUUGAUACGAGUGUAGCUAUUACACGCUUAAUACCCAAAGCAUUAACCGGAAUGUAUUGAGUCGAUCUAUAAGAGAUAUUUAAAUUCUCUGCUAUCUUUCAGAUGUCAACACGAUAAUUUUCAAGCAACGUAUCUUUAACUUUGCUUCGCUGUGAUCGUCAUUAAUAGUGGUAGAUGGACGACUCGCUUGUUGUAAACUUCCGUUGAAUUCACGAGCUUAACUAAAUGCUUUGUGUCACUCAAAUACUUUCGUUCGAGAUAAUGUAGACUCCCCAAAAUAGUACUUCUGCAGUAUUUUUAAUGAUUCCAUAGCCGUGAUGCCAUUGGAAACACAAAAUUUCUAGAAAAACGUUGAUAAAAAUCGCCAGACAAACCCCUUACGUCGUAGACAAACACACGCUAAUUGACAUAUGGACAUCAAACUUCACACGACCAUAAAAAAUUCGUUGCAUGUGUUGAUAAGAACUCCAACAUUUAUCUAAGCAUUCUACUUAAACUAGACAACUCAUCUCAAUGCUCUUCACGUUUCAGAAAAUUAAAAUUAUUCGUGUGUCAAAAUAGUUAUUUUCGAACCGUGUCUACGACUAAUUUAUGAACGAUUUUCUCAUGUGAGAUAGAGAAUAAAAAAAGAACAAUGCAAGUUCCUACAUAAUAGCCUUCCACUUCUAACAAUCACCCAAGCGUAUUACCAACCACCACAACCUACUACUAAGCACUAGUCAAGCUCACAUUUCAACUCGCACAUACUUACAUAUAAGACAAAUUACAAAUGUGGCCUAAAAAUGUUGGCAUACGCGCUAUUGAGGCGAUCUUCCCAUCCCAGUAUGUGGACCAAACGGAAUUGGAGCAAUUUGAUGGCGCCUCAGCGGGUAAAUACACCAUCGGUUUGGGUCAAGGAAAAAUGGGUUUCUGCUCGGAUCGUGAAGACGUGAACUCACUGUGCCUCACUGUGGUUAGCCGCCUGUUGGAACGCUAUCAAAUCAAGCCACAAGAAAUCGGACGUCUAGAAGUCGGCACCGAAACCAUUAUUGACAAAUCGAAAUCGGUGAAAUCGGUGCUAAUGCAACUAUUUGCCGAUUCGGGCAAUACAGAUAUCGAAGGAAUCGAUACAACGAACGCAUGCUAUGGCGGUACAGCAGCACUCUUCAACUCAAUCAACUGGAUAGAGUCGUCCAGCUGGGAUGGUCGUUAUGCAUUGGCCGUUUGUGCUGAUAUUGCUGUGUACGCGAAGGGCGCAGCACGUCCCACAGGUGGCGCUGGCGCCAUUGCUAUGUUGGUGGGACCGAAUGCACCGCUCGUCUUUGAGCGUGGCCUACGCGCCACACACAUGGAACAUGCCUACGACUUCUAUAAGCCCGAUUUGAGCUCCGAGUAUCCCACAGUGGAUGGUAAAUUAUCGAUACAGUGUUAUCUUUCCGCGCUAGACACAUGCUAUCAGUUGUACUGUAAGAAGUUUGCGAAAAAGUAUCCGCAAGAGGCUGAGUUUACUUUGGAUAACUUCGAAGCGUUGCUCUUCCACACGCCUUUCUGCAAGUUGGUGCAAAAGUCAGUGGCGCGCGUCGUCUUCAAUGAUUUCCUGCAAUGCAGCGCUGAGAAGCGUGCGCUAAAGUACCCCGGCUUGGAGCGCUUUAACGCGGCCACGCUGACUCAAACCUACUUCGAUCGCGAUGUCGAGAAGGCCUUCAUGACAGAAUUCGCUGACAUCUUCGAAGCGAAAACACGCCAAUCAUUGCUGCUGGCCAAUCAGGUGGGCAACAUGUACACACCUUCGGUGUACUCCGGUCUCGUUUCAUUGCUCAUCAAUACGCCACCCGAGCGACUGGUGGGUAAACGCAUUGGCCUCUUCUCGUAUGGCUCCGGUUUAGCGGCCACAAUGUACUCAAUGCAGGUGACAAAGGAUGCGGAAGCUUUCAAACAACUCGUAUCUAAAUUGGAUUAUGUUUUACCUAUGCUGAAUUCGCGCGAGAAAGUCGCACCCGAGUUGUUCUCCCAACUGAUGGAGGUGCGCGAGAAGAACAAUCAUGCGGCGCCAUACACGCCGAGCGGCAGUGUGAGCGUGCUCUUCCCCGGCACUUACUACCUGCAGUCUGUGGAUGACAUGCAUCGGCGUACAUACGAACGCAAGCCGACCAUUGCGAAUGGUGUCCAUUAAUAGUUGCGGUUAAAGGAUGUGGUCGUCGGCGUGUCGAAGUGACGACAGUGGUGGCGGUGUAGGCUUCGUAAACGGCGUCUCGGCGCAUACAACAGCGGGUGCGUGCGAUGUUCUGACAUUGCAUGGUGAAUGAGAGAAUUUUGGGCGCCAUAUGCAGUGCUUUAACUUAGUUUUAGUUAAGGUAGGUGUGUGUGUAUCACAUUUUGUUGUAAAUUAUUAAUUAAAAGUACUUAAUUUUUUAUAGAAAAUAAUAACACAAACACAAAAGCAACAUGUGGUAUGCAAUUGCAGUUAAAAUCGUAUUUUCAUUUAUUUAAUUAAAUUUCAAACAACACUUGACAACAAUAGUUCAUUUAAAAUAAUGUUGCAUAUACUAUACUAGUUAGCUAAAUUCAAAUAUGUACAUAUGUAUGCAGGUACAUAAGCAAUAAAUGAUUGCACUAACUAAAUACCGCUAAGUAUAAUGGUUUACUACAAGUAAAUUUUUUACAAAAGAAAUAAAAUCCAUAAAGGCCGAGUUAUGGUUCGGCGCACUCGUAAACACGUGAAGGCAAUUUGAGCGCGCGGCUUGACAGCAGCAGCUUAUGCACUUGUGCGAACGCAACUCUACCUUGUACCUUAAUACUUGAUUGCAAAUGUAAUAUGCUUUGUUAUUUAUUGUUAUGCACAACAAAACGCUACUAAAAUAGAAAAUAUACAUAGUAUGAAAAAUUCAACAAGAUUUACGCUAUUAUGUAGUUAGUUCUUAGUUCAACGCACUUCUAAAGAAUAUAAAUUAUUUUAAAAUGUAUAAAAAAAAACUAAAAACAUAUAGAUUUUUAUAUCUAUAACUACUUUUCACAUUUGCUUACGCUUAAGAGCGCGCGAAAACGUCUUAUGUCAAGCGACCAAGUAGCUUUACAUGUUCAUGUACAUAUAUGUAUAAAUGGAAAUGUGAAUAUAUAAAAUUAUAUAGCGAACAUAAAAAUUGUAUGUUGAAGCACUAUAGCAUUAGGUUAAGACAAAAUAAAGGCAAACCUCAUCCAAACAAAAAAAAAACCGUAUUCCUCAACUUAUUGCUGUCGGUUGCGGUAGUUGGUAUAAUCAUAUUUACUUAUGUACGUAUGUGUGUGUAAUACUCCUAAAAAUAAUAUUUUUGCUACCCGUAGAUAUUUAAUUUACGUGACAUUCGCAGCUGCAGCGUAGUAAUCAGCUGAUUGCCUAGAAGAGACAUAAAUCAAUACUUUGGAAAUUUUAUACCAGUUUUUAUAUAAAUAUAUAAAUUAUACGAUAAGAUUAAUACAAAUCGGCUACGAUUCGACGGCUAAUCCAACUAAAUAAACUUUAAAGAUAUUAAAACAACAACGCUAUCAACUAAUAUGUAUAAAAAAAAAAAUUGAUUGCGUUUAACAAUUUAACCACUGAUAACGGUAAACCAUGCAAAACGAAAUUAAAACAAAAAAAUAACAGCUAGUAACAAAUUAUUAUGUAAACAUUAAAUAAAAUCAAAAGAAAUUUUGUAACAUUGCAACUGCAUAUAUAUCUACAUAAAUACAUUUAGGCAUAUGUAAUAAUUAAUCAAAAAAGAAUAUCUAAAGUAAAACACAAAAUAGCAAGUUGGACAUACAUAUAAGAGGCAUAUGAUCUGUAACACACACAAUUCGUUGUACGUGUUAUAGCUAACGACUAUAACGGAAUUAAUAGCAUAAGUCAUUGAGCGUUAAAGAUAAUGGCAGGCAAAGGAAAUGUUCAAAAUAAUAAAUGUUAAAAGAUAAAUUCGAAAUUAAA